UAGUUAGGUUGUCCUUUACAUUAUUGAAUACUUUAUACUAAACUAUGUAUAAAUUAUUAUCAACUAUAAGAAAUCAGAGCAGAUCAAUGGGUAUAUUAUGUAUACCCAUAUCAAUGGUUUGGAUGACAUACCAUAAUAACAAGUAUAAGCCAUCGUUUAUCUGUCACUCGUUUCAGACAACAUCCAGUGGCCGGACAUUGACUACAAAAACAAACAAUCGGUAUCAUUGUCUUAGAUCGGCGGCGCUUAUGGCGGUAAACGAUAACACCGCCGCCGAUACUAUUGGCUUCGAUAUGAUUGAUCUGAAAACCCAAUGCAUCCGAUCGAUUGGUUGGGUUAUAAGACAUCGAAUCAAUGAUGAUAAUACUAGCGGUCGAGGAACGGGUGUUUUUGUUGUCGACAAUCGUCUACUGUUGACCUGUUAUCAUGUGGUCAGACAUAAUCCGAUAGUUUGGAUACAAUAUGUGCGAAACUAUAAUAAUCAGAUAUUAAUGACUUGUCCUAUGAAUGCGGCCGACGUUCUGUAUGUAGAGCCGCACAAUGAUCUGGCAUUAGUACGGCUCAGGGAUCCGCCAUCACCAAUGUAUAAUACGUCGACAACAAUGCCGGUGACAAACAGUCCAGAGAGUACCGAUUUUGGUGCACCAGUAGCUAUGCUAGGUCAUGGUGGAGGCGUAGUGUUUGUAAUGCAUCCGGGUAUGGUUAUUACACCCCAAGUGGACAACUAUUUAAUACCCAUUGCGUACGCCAUCAGUUGUAUACCGUUCAAUGAAAAACUGCCGAUCGUAGCCCACAGUACUAUCGGAGUGCCCGGCAAUUCGGGCGGUCCUGUCAUCGAUACCAAUGGCCAAAUAUGCGGUAUUUUUUGGGGCGGUAUUACCAAAACUGGACAGAUAUCGUUUGCAAUCGGUUCGGAAAUUAUAAAGGAGUUUCUGACUAAAGCAUUGGCCUAUGAAAGUGAUGGUAAAAAGCAUAUCCGUUUCAAGCAACAGUAUGAAUGGGACAGUCGUACUGUUAAUAAAAUAUUGGGUAUAAUCGUAGGUACAAAACCAUUGUCGGAUAGUUUUACAGUCAAAGCGGCACUACCGACGGCCACAACUGAUGCAAAUAGUAUUAUCGGUAGACGUAUUUGUUUACUUAACGGACAGGUAUGCAAUAGUAUCAAUAAUAUCCGAUUGGCUAUCUAUGAUAGACCGCAAGUCAGAGUGACCACUAGAUUGUCUACAAAUGAUGAUAACGACAACAGUACCGAAACGGAUAGUAAGGACAUCAAUACGAUAACAACCAUCGAUAACGAGAGCAAUAGUAUUAUACCAUUAGUUUUUUGA